GCUCUGCUCGUUGAGUCUGCAGGGCUAACGCUCUCCACCGAGGAAUUCAACGGGAGCUGCAGACGAAAAGGAGGUGACUCUUCUCUCUCUAAGGCAGGAGGUGUGUACACCCUGUAGUCUGAGGCCUCACCUGCCCUCCCUCAUCACUCACCCUCCUCCUCCUCCAUCUCCUGUCUGAGCCUUGCACCUGUUCUGACUCGUCAGCCAGGUGAAGGGGAUCCUCUGGCCAUACACUUAUUAUUGCAGCUGACCGUCGCUGCAGGGCAAUUAGGAGCCAAGUCCAUUCAUUGGACUGAAUUGCUGCUUUGCUCUGUAUCUCUCUCGCUCUCUGUCUCCCUCUAUAACCCACCUCCCUUCCCUCCCUGCCUGUCCCUACCCCCCUCCCACUCCAUCUCUGUCUAGCCCAUUCUGUGACUGGUUGACACUGUGGUUGAGGGGACGCGUGGAGCAGCAGAGAUUCCCCUGCAGGAGCGUGGAUCACAUGGAAAGGACAGAGAGGAAGAGACGGUGAAAUAUAUCAUCUGGUGGAGCAUAGAAUCAGUGGUUUCAGCGUUGGACGGCUGACAGACAAAAGUUUUAAAACUCCAAACCAAAGGACUGUGCAGUUGGAAGAGCAGCAGGUAUGAAAAGCCAGACUGUGGUGGUGUCAGUGGCUCUGCUGGCCCUGUGCUGCCUGUUGAUACCCAGAGGAGGGGAGAGUGCUGGGGGGAUAGUUUCUCUCCGGCAGGCCGAAGGGGGCCGGCGGGCAGAGGAUCACCUGCCAAAUGAGUCCCUGGAUGAUCCAGAAAAAGAGCAGGGACUUGCAGAGGACCCCAACCCACUAGGAAGCCGCAGCAAGGCCAGAAGAGACACAGAGGAGGCUGCACAGACAGGUGUUGUGGGCAGAGUGAGGCGAGCACCUGAGGAAGGCAAGAAGAAGAAGAAGGACAAGAAGAAGAACAAAGAGCCGAAGGACCCCAACGCCACCAGGAAGCCCAAAACUGACAAGAAGGGAAAGAAGAAGGACAGGCAGACGACCACAACUCUGCCACCGACCACCACAGCCACCCCGACUGAGCCGGAGCCGGAGCCGUACACAGACUACAGCUAUCCUGAUACUGACAAUGAUUACUGGAAACCGGAAGAUGACUACUGGGAGGCUGAGCCAACGGCAUCCAGGCCUCAGCCAGAGAUUCCCACCACAGACCUUCCGUAUGACGACUGGAAGCCGGACGAGGGAGACCCUACCCCCCCUGUGGUAGACGGCUAUGAUGACUACUGGAAACCAGAGGAGAAAGAUCCGUCCACGCCAGCGCCCGACGCCUUCGAUGACUACUGGAAACCAGAGGAGAAAGAUCCGUCCACCCCAACACCCGACAUCUAUGAUGACUACUGGAAACCUGACGGGAAAGAUCUGUCCACUCUAGCGCCUGACAUCUACGAUGACUAUUGGACACCAGAUGAGAAAGAACCAGACAAUCCUGUGACGGAUAACUAUGAUCCCAACUGGGAAGAGGUGGAUCCAACACCCCCUGCCCCUGAGGUUGAUGGGAAGGCUGGGACAGAUGACAAUGAUUACUGGGAUUCCACAUUUGAGGAGCCAGACAAUCUUCCAUUCCCUGAUGGUAAAGAGGUCAGCCCUGAAAUCGUAGUGGAAACUCUAACAGAGGAGCCCACAGCCACUCCCCCAGACGAGGGGACGUGGUAUGAUGAAUACGACGAAUAUGGAAUGAGGAGAAAAGAAGACGAGACAGACGAUAAAUGGGUGGAGAAGGAGAGGGAGAGAGCAAAGAAGGAGAGAGAGAGGGAAGAGAGAGAGAGAACGCAGAAGCUGAAGGAGGCCGAGGAGCGGGCCAGGAACAGACCACGUGUCUACAAAGAGCCUAAGAAGUGUCCUCCACUGGGGCUGGAGUCCCACAGGAUCGAGCCAGACCAGCUUCUAGCCUCCUCUAUGUCUGAGUAUAGUUUUGGACCUUCGAGAGCACGACUCAACAUGCAGGGCUCUGACGAUGUAGACAACAUGAGAGGUGGAGCGUGGUGUGCAAACUCAGAGGACAGAAUCCACUGGUUUGAGAUCGAUGCUCGCAAGGACACAGAGUUCACAGGAGUCAUCACUCAGGGACGAGACUCCCGGAAUGAGAGUGACUAUGUGACAUCAUACUUCUUGGCGUUCAGCAAUGACAGCAGAGAAUGGACCACCAUUCACGAUGGAUACGCUGACUGGCUGUUCUUUGCAAAUAGCGAUAAGGACACUCCAGUGAUGAACCAGCUGGCACAUCCUGUGGUGGCCCGCUACAUCCGGAUCAUCCCUCAGAGCUGGAACGGCUCUCUGUGUAUGAGGCUGGAGGUCCUGGGCUGCCCAAGGCUUGAUCCAGCUGAUGUACAGAUCAGGCAAAAUGAAGUGACUCCGGUGGAUUACUUGGAGUUCAAACAUCACAGCUACUCAGAAAUGGUUGCACUUAUGAAGUCAGUGAAUGAAGAGUGUCCCAACAUCACCAGCAUCUACAGCCUGGGCCGCAGCUCCAAGGGACUGGAUAUCAUGGCCAUCGUCAUCUCUGGCAACCCCACAGAGCACGAAAUAGGUGAGCCGGAAUUUCGCUUCACGGCAGGUCUCCAUGGAAACGAGGCGACAGGUCGCGAGAUGCUUCUUCUUCUCAUGCAGUAUCUGUGCAAAGAGUACAAAGACAGAAACCCCAGAGUCCAGCGGCUGGUGGAGGGAAUACGCAUCCACCUGGUGCCCUCGCUCAACCCUGAUGGACAGAACGAAGCUUUCGAAGCGGGAUCGGAGCUCAGUAGCGUGACCACCGGACACUUCACUGAGGAUGGCUUUGACAUCUUCCAGAACUUCCCUGACCUGAGCGGAAUCCUGUGGGAUGCUGAAGAUAAGGGAAUGGUGCCAAAGCUGACCCCCAACCAUCAUGUGCCCAUACCAGAAGGCUUCGAGACCAACACCUCGAUUGCAGUGGAAACCAGGGCCAUAAUCUCCUGGAUGAAAAACCAUCCAUUUGUGUUGGGUGCGAACUUCCAGGGCGGGGAGAGAAUUGUGGCUUAUCCUUAUGACAGCUUACGUCUCAACAAGCCUGCCGUGAGCCAGCAGCCCCACAGCCGCAAGAAGAGACAGUAUGAGGAGGAAGGAUUUGAUGCGACAGAGUGGGGAAGGGGUUACCAAGAGGAGCCAGAGGAAGACUGGAGAAGUAGGGGAUAUGCAGAGCCAGAGCCAGAGGAGGAACAGAGGGGUCAUGGGUAUGACCAAGGUCAAGACCGUGGGUAUGAUGACCGUGGGUACGAGCAUGGAUACGACCGUGGUUACGAUCAAGGUAACGACCGUGGUUACGAUCAAGGUAACGACCGUGGUUACGAUCAAGGUAACGACCGUGGAUACGAUCAAGGUCAUGACCGAGGGUAUGACAACCGUGGCUACGACCAGGGCUACGACCACGGCUACGACAACAACCAAGGUGUCGAACGCAGAGAGGAAGAGGAAGAUGACAGAGGAAGAAGCGCUGGCUACCAGUACUCCGAGCCUGAGGAAGAGGCCCGGGUGAUUGCAGACGAGUCCCUCUUCAGGUGGCUGGCUGUCUCCUACGCCUCCACACACCUGACCAUGACACACACCUACCACGGCUCCUGCCAGGGAGACAAUGCUGGAGGUGGUCAUGGCAUGGUCAACCGGGCCAAAUGGAGGCCAAUCACAGGCAGUAUGAAUGACUUCAGCUACCUCCACACCAACUGUUUUGAGCUGUCCAUAUUCCUGGGAUGUGAUAAGUUCCCCCAUCAGAGUGACUUAAUGUACGAGUGGGAUAAGAACAGAGAAGCCAUGCUAAUCUUCAUGGAGCAGGUGCAUCGUGGCAUCAGGGGCAUUGUGAAGGACCAGCAAGGGAACCCCGUGGCAAACGCCACUGUGUCUGUAGAGGGGAUAAACCAUGAUGUCACUACAGCUUCAACGGGAGACUACUGGAGGCUGCUGAACCCAGGGGAGUACCGUGUGACGGCUCGAGCCGAGGGCUUCUCCUCUGUGACCAAACUCUGCGUGGUGGGUUACCAGGCAGGAGCAACCGCAUGCAGCUUCAACCUGGCCAAGUCCAACUGGGACCGCAUUAAACAGAUCAUGGCCCUCCAUGGCAACAAGCCAAUUAGACUCAGCUACAGCAACAGCAGAUCACAUUAUACUCCAGUUACUAAUAACAACCAUCGUGCGGUCGAUGGCGACACUGGGAAUUCGGCUGAGCGGCGAAGGAGGCUCAAAAUAGCUCGUAUCCGUCGCCUUCGACAACUGAGACUAAUGAGACUAAGAUCGACGACAACAGCGACAACGCUACCCCCAACAACAACAACCACAGUUCCCACAACACCAGAGACCACCACAUCAUGGUACGAAUCGUGGAACACAAUGGAGGGACAAUCCUCAACGGCCGGGGGGUUCACAGACUCCAUCCUGGAUUAUAACUACGAGUACAAAAUUGAUGACUAUUAAACCAAACACACACUGCCUGUUUCUAUAAACAACUGUUUCCCACUUGUAGUUCUCACUGCCAUGUUGUUCUCCAAGCAGAUUGAUGAAGAAUCAACAGCGCAAUGGGAAUGUAGAGAAUAUUAGCUCUAUUAAUUGUAUAAAGAUAGCGUAUCUGUUACUUAACACUUGAAACAAUGCUUCUUCACAGACAUUCACCAUUAACAGUUCAAACUGCAUUUUUCCUGACUCAUUAUUCAGUUGUUUUUUAAUAAAGAAAAAAGUUUAUUGUGGAUGCACAUUAAACAAAUUCAUGACAUUGUUUUAAUUUCACCAGAGCUGAGUUAUUUACAGUAUCUUCCUCCAUGGCAGAAAUAUUUUUUACAUUAUGAACACUUGCUUAAAAGGUCAAGAGGGAGGGGAGCGGGGGAAGGGUCUUCUAUCAUGUGUCUUCAGAUACAGAUGGUUAGAAGAGUGAUUUUUCAAAUAAAGGCUUGUUUAUACAAAA